CACCACCACCACGCACCGUCCCUCGUGGUCGGACGGCGGAUCGGGCCUGCGUCUCUCGACCGUCCACGUCCACGAUCGCCUUCUUCUCCUGCACAGCGCAUCGCAUCGUCCCGGCUGAACUCACGCCUGAACUGCGGCGCUUCUCUUCCCACACGAUCUGCACUAUUACACCACUCGCGCAUCUGCUUGCCUAUCCCACGCCUUCCUCUUCGCCUUACUCGGCCAUCUUCCAACCACAUCUCUUGCACUUCCAGCGCCCAACUACUUAGCCAUGCCUUCGCCCACGUUGCCCGAGCAAAGCCUCGAGUCUAUUGUUGGCGGGAGAAGUUUGACGUGGCCACCAACGACCGUGCACUGCACCACUAAUGCAGACAAGAAACGUAUAACAACAUCACCACCCACGCCACACGACACGAUGCCUUUUCAGCCCAGACAAGCACCGCGAACCGUCUCGUUCGAGGAUGAAAUCAACGAGGAUCCAGCGUCACAUUUUCUAUCACCUGCCAAAAUGGCCUACGAGUACGAAGACUGGGCUGAGGACUCCGAUGACGACGCCGAAGAGGUAGAGUGGGACGCCGGUAUCACCGACUUUGCCCUCUUCCACCAGGACCGACGUCAAGCGCAAGCACGACGCACAUCGGUGCCAGACCGAUGGGAGAGCCUGUUAUCCAGUCAGGCCUCCGCGCUGCAGCGUGCCGUACAACGAAACCGGUCAGACUCGGAUCCCACACGAGCCCGGACAUGGACGCCACUCGCACAAGACGUCCCGCAUCUGACUCCAGACAACUCCCCGACACUGAGAGAUGACUUCGACAUCGAUCACUAUUGCGGAGGCCAUGCACCUCGUCCCAGUAUUCCCAACUACCUGCAAUCUGCCUUCGCACCUUCAGAGGAACUUUCAGACGAUGACGACUAUGACUACGAGACAGAUUCAGACGACGAGGAGCUACCCAUCGACUACCUCGUGGAACGCGCGCGUGAGCGAAGACGUGCAGCUCGCAAAAUGGAACGCCCAGGCAUGCGAUUUAACAGAACCAUGUCCGGCAAGGUCCACGUGUGGCGACGACCGAGCUGGCAGCUCCACGAUGUCGGUGAAGAUCCCGAAGCCGAGCGCAGAGCUGAGCUCGCAUCUGUGCAGCACGAUCAGCCCCGUGUGCAACAUCAGGAAGCCGAGCAACGGGGCCGAAGGCGGUGACGCGGUACCGCAAAGCAUGCAUGAGUAUUGAAGCGAAGAAUACACAUGCAAGCUAUUUUACCAAGCCAUCAGACUGUGUACCAAGAAAGAUUUUUGCAUUUCCAAAUGUGGUUAAGAAUUGCAUUGUGUGGCGUUUUUAUUGCAUUGGAUCGAUGAUUCGGGAAAGGAUGCGGGACGAAGUCGCAUUUUCUGCAUGACGAAAGGGCAUCAAAUUCCUGCUACUGCAACAGACUGGCGAAAGGAUUCCUUGUCAUAUGCAUACGAAAGGAGAUGUGGCGUGAUUUUUUUGAGAUUCGAUUUUUCUGCUGUUCGCAAACGUCACUGGCUGGCAGAGUUGCAUGGGUUUUAUUAUUGGGCGUUGGUUUCUGCACCUCGGUGCAUUGUUGGGCAUAAUUGCAUGAGAGAUACCACCUUUGUUUUCGGUUGACUGUGGAAUGAAAUACGCAUAGACUGAAAUGAAAUGAAUUGGCUAGUGGAACACCUUCCCUUCUUCUUCCUCUCUACAUCAACGUUCUGCUAACGAUCACCUUAUGAACAUCAUCGCAAAUCUGUCAACAUAACUGAAACUGCCUAUGUAGAAUCCUGCAAUCCAAUUGGUUACCGACAGCGCGAACCGCUCGAGCACAACAUCCUGCAAGCUGCGAAGCUGCGCAAAGCUGUAUGCUGCUUUCCCGUCACGCGCUCACAAACCGCAGCAAUGCAGUGGUAUUCCCCCACUUUCUCCUGCUCUCGCUUCCUUCUACCACAGUAUUUUCCUCCAUCAUCAUGAUGAGCACCCGCAACCCGAGCCAAGAAAGACUGUGAUGGCAAAACUAUGGUAGCGACGACGGCUGGUGAGGUGGAAGGCAGAGAAGAGCAUCAUAGUAGCGGUGUCGUUGCGGACAACAUACCGUGGACGAAGAUUUUUCGGAUCACGGUCUGCUGGCGUGAUGGGAGGAGUGAGGCUGACGAUCGAUGGUUACUGCUAUGAUAUGGUAUGGGAUUUCGUUGAUGCAUGCAUGCAGAAACACCGUGCCUCCUGCUGGGUAAGGAAUAGCUGACUGGCCACUGCAAUGAUGACUUAGCAAUCGGCACAGUUUCGAAAGUUCAAAAAUGUCAAGAAGGUCAAGCAAGAGGCAUCGUGUCACGAUAAUUCAUGAUGUCCACGUGGACAAGAAUAUGCACGAUGAAGGAAUUGUGCGUCUAUACCAUAGAAAAAGCUUCAGCCACUACCUCUUAGAUCAUCGCAGUUGUACUAUGAAGAGACAGAGCAGAGUUGCAACUGAAACCCCCACGCUUUUCAUACUGCUUGAAAAAAAAAUACG